AUUUGUUUAAGUGACUUUUUAUGAUUCAAUUACAUUUUGAUGUAGCAUAAAAUGCAAUCUAGUAACAAUCAAAUAGUCAAUUUUCAAUCUUCUUCGUUAUUUUUAUUGUUAAAAAAUUCAAACGAAUCAUUUAACUUUUGUACUACUGAUAAAUUGAACAACAAAUAUAAUAUUAAUCAUUUGAGAAGUUCUUCAGAUUAGUGAAGAAUUAGUCAACUUCAAUUAUCUAUAAUUAAUUUAUUAAUUAUACAUAUAGUUUAUUUAAAUGUUCAAAAUCUCGUAAAGAUAUUUGGAGAUGUCUAAAAAAGAAGAUAAUCCUUUCAGUUUUAAACAUUUUUUGAAGAAAGAUUCAUUACCAAACUAUCAGAAUGCUGGGGCACGACCUAAAGUAUAUUUUGAUCGAACGCAUAAUAACCAUUCUAACCCAACAUCACUUGAAGAAUCGAUUGGAGUUGAAACUGAUGGAGUGUAUUCCAGAAAUCCAACAGAACUUCCAGAUUUUGUGCAAGAUCACUUGGUGAUUGAACAAUGUUAUUCAAAUAAUCAAGAUGUUGCUUCUUCCACCCAAAUGAUUGCUGACAUCGACAAUCUUCCUGACUUUGCAUUGAAUAGUGUGGAAUCACGACCAUUAAAGCAUCGUAUUGAAAAGAAACAAUCCAAUAUUGAAGAUUUACCUUCUGAAUUACCGAGAAAUCUUGAUAAAAGAAGUCGCGAUGGAUUAUCAAUUAAUAAUGGUUCUUUUGAAAGCGGGUCUUCAGGAAAUUUUCGACGAUUAAAUAGAAACCAUCAAAAUUCUCGAGAAUUUAUAGAACCUGUUAAUUUUCCAUUAGAUUUACCAUAUGGAAGAGGAUCUACAGAAACGAAUAAUGUAGGAAAAAAUACAUGGAAUGAUACAACUAAUUCACCAGACGGAAGUAUUAAUGACAAUGGAAUACCUAAAUCUUUACCUGAUUUUUUAAGUGAUGGGCCUAUUAGGAAUAGAGUGGUAUCUCAAGUAGAAUCUAAUGCACCAGUUGCAGCGGAAUCAUCAGAUAUUGAGCUAAAUUAUGUAAAUGAGAUAUUGAAGCGUGAUCUUGAAAUUGCACGAAGACAAAUAAAUGAGAAAAACAGACAAAUACAAAUAUUAGAGGCAGAAUUAGCAUCUAGAAGAGCUACAGAUUAUGAAGAAACUAUUAAUUUGGAGAAAGCUAUGGAGCAAGUUGAAGAUAAUUUAAAACGUAGUACGAGAAGAGCAGUCAAUGCAGAGAGUGCCGUUACGAGUUUGAAACAAGAAAUUAAAAUGUUAAAUGCAGAGAUUUCAGCACUUCGUGUGGAAAAUAGAGAUUUAAGAAACGCCGUAGGCAUAAACUUUAGCAGUUCGAGAUCUAAGGAAGAUGAUACGAAAAUUCAUAAAAUUGCAAAUGAUAUAAGAGAUGCUGCUUCAUCAGCUAAUUCUCUUCUCAGGCAACUAAUUUUAGGGGUUGAUAAUUUAAAACUUCUUGCAUCAACGUUGGAUAAUAUCGAUAGGAUAGAAGACAGAACCAAAGAUUUCUUAAUAGAUUCAGAUCAAGAUAAUGCCACUGGACCAGCUUUAUAAUUUUAAUUUUGAAAUCACCUCAUUUCAAAAAGUAAAAGAAACAAUGAUUAAUUUUCGAAUGUUGAUAAGUUAGAAGUUUUUACGUUUCGUACAUAAAAUUAUUUUUGAUUUUUUAAUGAAUUUGAUAAAACAAAUAAUCUGUUACGAGCCGUUACAAUAUUUUUGUAAAUAAAGAAUAAUACGGUGAAAUUUCAUUAACUGAAAUAUAAACUGUUAUUUAUAUAAUAACGUACACAUAAAUAUAAAAAAAAUCAUAUAGAAAUUACUUUCAUAGGUUUAUAAAAAUUAAACAUUAGAAGCUUAAUAUUAAGUUAACAAUUCUUUAAGUU